UCUCUUAUGUUUCCAUUUUCCAAAAUACAUGAUCGACGCACCCUCUACUUCUACUUUAUAUUAUCCUCCGCCUUACACCAAACCUAAAAAUAAUGCUAAUAACAAUCAAAUGGCUGGAUCGUUGACUAUUGACAUAGAGCGUGAAAAUAUACACCAGACUAUUAACAAACAACAUCAAAAUAGACUUAUUCAUCAUCGACAUCACCAUCAUCGCAAAUGCAAGCUAUGUGGCAACCGCAACACCCCUUCGUCGGAGAGAGGUAUUGGUCCUUAUUUGAUUCAUCGAACACAGCCAGAUUUAGUUUUUAUUUGCCCUUGUCUAAACCGAGCACAUCCAAUCUGCUUAAAAAAAUACGGCUCUGAUUACAUAUGCAGCAUGUGUAAUUAUAUUUAUCAGUCAAGCUGGUAUAUCCAUUUUUUCUCACAGUUUUUGUGCCUUUUAUGCCAUCUCCUAAGUCUUGCUUCGGCAGUUGGACUAGUAUUUGGACUAUCACAUUUGGGGCGAGCUUUAGAUGAAAUUGGAUUAGGAAGUGAAAUAGGACCAAAAUUGGAUGGAGAUGAGACGUGGCAGGAUCAUGAAAUGACGCAGAUUGUAGAAUGGCUAAAUAUAGUUCAUUUUGCAACGGGGCUUGCUGGAGAAGCUCUUUUAGGACUUGUUUACAUCGUUGGUGUAUGUCUGGUGAUCGGUUUAGAUAGAACAUUAAUAAUGAUUUCUAAUAUUUUGUAUCUUCAAUUGGAUUGUCUAAAAUCGAAGCAGGCACCCAAGUGGGUUGGGGAAACCUGUAUAUACAUCUGCCUCUUUAUGCUUGGACUUGUCUUGGGAACGUAUCUGCUUUUUUUUUCAUGGAUUUGGGCGAGUGUGCUACAUCAUAUUAGAAAAAGGGUUUUGGAUGUGAGAGUUAAAAAGCACCACCUUCAUCAUCACGACAAAAACAAGCUAGGGCCAUCAAUACCACAGUCAACGUUGCCCCUUUCUUCUACAUAACUUUUUGUAUUCUUUUUUAAAUAAAACAAAUAUAAG